AACGACCACUGCGACAAACUAUUAUACUUUCGUAAAAGAAUUGGUGUGAUACAGGUCUCAAUAUGAAGGCAUUCCAGUUUUUAUGUAUUGUGAUUUUGGCCUGUGGAGUCAACGCUCAUAAUGUACAUUUAUCAUCAGCUCAAAAGGAAAAAGUACAACAGUACACAGCAGAAUGUGUGAAAGAAUCAGGUGUUAAAUCCGAAAUAAUCGCUGAAGCGAAAAAGGGACAGGUCAGCGAAGAUGAUGGUUUCAAGAAAUUCAUAUUUUGCUUCUUCCAAAAGUCUGGAAUAGUAUCAUCAGAAGGAAAAUUGAAUAUGGAAGUGGCUCUGUCAAAAUUACCAGCGGGUAUUGAUAAGGCGGCGGCCUCCAAAUUACUGGAGGAAUGUAAAAAUAAGAAAGGCAAAGAUAUGGUUGACACUACUUUUGAGAUUUUUAAGUGUUAUUAUGUGAACACUAAGCAACACGUGAUCUUUUUUUAGAAUAUUAGUUAAUAAUAAAUUAUAUAUUUUUAUAACAUAGCUCAAUCUAUAUUCUUAAGAACGUAUAAUAAGUAAAUAUUAAUUAAAACAUCGUUUAUGCGAAAGAAA